AUGGUCACGACUUACUUCGAUAACGUCAACGAUUAUUUCCCCAUAUUUUCACGAUCAAAUGUUGAAGAAAAGAUAAGGCUGUACAACAAUACUGCAGACGACCUCCAAGAUCCAGCAUUAUCACUAUGCUUCAACAACAUGAUUCUCCUGGCGUUGUUGGCUACGUCUAGAGCCCGCCUUGCAGAAGAAAUCCCAGUUUCAAUGGAGCUCAGUCUACUGAGAACGUUCUGGGAUAAUGCGAUGGGCGCGUUCAAAUCCCCUCUCUAUCCCACAUUGGUGAAUGUACAGGCACUUCUGUCUUUGUGUCUAGUAUGCCAGUCAAUGUGCCUUGUGAAGAUGGCACGAAGUUGCUUGCAACUCGCGCAGACAGUAUGCAAACUGAUGGACAUGCAAGCGGACCCUCUUCAGAAACAGCAGGAACCUGUUGUCGAUGAGGAAAGGAUCGACGUGUCCUGGUGCAUGAGUAUCUUGGAGAAUUCGAUAUCUUUUCCGAGUCCUGGCCAGUCAUUUUAUACUUUACAGAUACCUCUACCAGUGGAGCAGCCAGAAAGCCCCGCGAAGAGUCAUUUCAUUGCGAACAUUCGUCUCGCACAGAUACGAGAAAAUAUGCGCGUGACGUUAUUUGGAUCUAGUACAAAUGGCCCUUUGGGGACAGCCACGCAAACCCUUGCGUUUGGCUAUCUUGAUGAAUUACAGCAAAUUCAGGCCAGUCUUGGUGUCGAUGUUAGCCUUGCUAAUUUGGCAUUUCAUGAGUUGGUCACAUCUGAUUUGAAUAGCGCCGAAAGCCUUGCCGAUGCACAAAAUGCCGUUCGGAUAUUGAUCACGAUGGGAAGUAAGACCAUCGAUGAAGUGAAAAGCCAUGCGAUUCUACCACGUCUAUUUGUGACGGACUCGCUCGUUGCCCUGUCUGCACUCGCUUCGGGUGUUAUACGUGACCCGAGCAGACUCGAAGAUGCUGAGUUGCUCCGGUCAAUUUACCACCUCCUUCAACGGAUGAACAAAGUCUGCGCCGAGUCGACUUUCUCGAGUGCUCUUGAGGCGAUCCUUGGCGCUGUGCUGGAUUUUGUGACUGCGGUUGGGCGCCCGGCCACGUCCAUGGGGGUUUGCGGGUGGAUCUGA